ACGUUCCGUGGGUUGCAGUCUUGUACUAGCAUGGAGCUCGUCGAUCUAGCUUCAUCAUCCGCUGAGUAAUGUAAUAUCUGCAUUUGUGCCGACGCUCCUCACUGAGCUCCAAGUCCACUGUCGUCGUCCUCCUCCUCCUCCUCCAUAGUCACGUGUCCAUGGCGGCGGCCUGGGUCUGGGUGUUCUUCGCCGGCGUCGCCUGGUUCGCCUUAGGCGCCUUCAUCUCCGUCGAGACGAUGAGCGGUCCCGUCGAAUUCGUCGGGCUUGGUGUCACCACCACCUACACUCGGGUGGACUGCGCCCCGCCGCCGCUGCUGUCAUCGGCCACAAACAGAAGCGCAUUCCUCCAAGACCUCCUCCCGCUGCUCGCCGCCCUGCCCGCCGCCGUCGCCACCACGCCGCUUGGAUUCGCUUCCCUUCAGUCCGGCGGCGCCUCGGUCCGCGGUCUCUGCCUCGGCGCCACCCUGGAGAAAGAAUGCGUCGCGUGUCUCGCGGUGGCCGCCGAGAACCUGACCGGCUGUUUCCUCGGCGCGAGCCGCCGCGGCGGCGUCUGGAUAGGCGACGGCUGCUUCCUGGCUUACGCCGACGCCAACAGCUCCUCCGCGCGCGAGGAUGCCUUCCGCGACGUGGUCCUCGCCGGCCAAGACCCCGGGGAAGGACCCAACUGCUUCGACCCGCCGAUGCUCGUCGCGCUCGCGCAGUCCCUGGACGUGAAGGCGAAGCUGGUGGGGGCGCAGGUGGACACGGACGCGGCCGCCCUGGUGAGGAACGCCACCAGGAAGAAGAAGACCACGGUGCGCGUGUACCCGGAGGUCGCCAGGGGCACCACCACGGUGCGCGUGCUGGCCCAGUGCGCGCGGGACCGCGCGGCAAGGUGCGCGCGGUGCCUGGGCGACGCGGCGCGACGGGUGCCGCCGUGCUCCUGGGGUCUCGACGGCGCGCACGAGCGCGUGGCCGACGUCCUUGGGUACAACUGCUUCCUGCGAGUCAAGACGUCGGUCCCGCUGCAGCUCGUGACCUCCAAGACGAAGCCAAACAAACCUCUGGCCAUGGCAUUCUUCGUGUUGGCACUGCUGAGCACAGUUGCAGCUGGAAUUGCAGCAGCAUCAGAAGCAGGUUAUUUGCCGGCGGUGAACGCUGCGGCGAAUUAAGGGGGAGGUGGUUCAGUUCAGCACUAGUAUGCAGCCAUUCGCUUGCCGGACCUGGUGGCCACCCCGUUGCUGUUUCACCGUGUCCAGAACCAGAUCGACCAUCGUUGUCGAUGCUUUCGUAGCCAUAUCUAGCUAACUUAAAUACUAGUGUGUACAGGAAUUAGCCACUACGCUGGCUCCGUCGUCGUCCUGGCCUCCUGGCCUCCUGGGUGAGAAACCCAUGCUUCACAGUCUGAAUCAGCUAGUCAUAACUCAUGUGUGUUCCCUUCAACUACAGUCUAGAGUCAUUGUGUUCUGCAAACUCGCAGCGUGAUUAUUCAUUUCUGCUUCUUUCCA